ACCCGCAUACCAAUAACGUGAGCAUUUUAUUGGGGUUUCGAGUCUCUCUGCAAAACCAGUCGUUUCAGGCUUCUUUUGUUGGGGUUUCGAUUUUCUCCAAUUCAUUCGCCAGAGAAAAUUACGGUUUUUGGUCUCCACAGAAAAUAUUGUAAUUGAGAGCUUGCUUUGCAUGAAUCCUUCCUAUGUCUACACAAAUGUCGGAUUCUCUUGCGCAACAAGUAAUGAAUCUAUUGAAGAGACUGGGGAAGCAAUUCAACCGUAAGGUUGCAGAGAUUGUGCUUAUUUUGGUUAAUCACAAGAGUGCUGGGUCACUGGGAGCUCUUGCUGGAUUUGCAAUUGCCAUAAUUUUUUCAUGGAAGUUUUUGAGAUCUACUGGUAGACCACAAAGACGUCAGCAGAAACCAACAGGUCCUGCAUCUACGAGUAGUACUCGAGCAAAUGAAGAUGUUUCCUCCUAUGAAGCUCGUCGACUAGAACAGAGUGUAGAGGGUGUGGACUUAAUUGAGUUCCAGUCUCCAACAAAGCCGACACUUGGGCAAACAGUGAGAAAGAAACUAGACGGAAGCCGAAAGAUGACUUGCCAGCUUCUUGGUGUAAUUCUUGAGGAGAGAAGUCCUGAAGAGCUUCAGGAGCAUGCCACUGUGAGGCCUUCUGUGGUGGAGGUGUUGCUGGAAAUUAGUAAAUAUUGUGAUAUUUAUCUGAUGGACAGAAUUCUUGAUGAUGAAAGUGAGGAAAGAGUCCUCUCAGCUCUAGAGAAUGCUGGGCUUUUCAGAACAGGAGCUUUGAUGAAAGACAAGCUUCUUUUCUGCAGCACUGACAAUGGGCGAUCAUCUUUUGUUCGGCAAUUAGAACCAGAUUGGCACAUUGACACAAAUCCAGAUAUUAUCUCUCAACUUUCUAGAUUCAUUAGAUACCAACUUUACAUCUCACCAAUCAGAUUGAGCAUCGAAAGGUCUAAUGUGUUCUGCUCUGGAAGUUUUGAUUCCUUUUUUGUAGAAUAAAGAGAUGUGUAGAGAUUUUUAUUUAGCCCAUGGAUUGUAAAUUGUAAAACAAGAGAGAAUUUGUUUUGUUUUGUUUUUAUUUUUUUUAUUUUUAUUUUUUUUUAUUUUUAUUUUUUUUUGAGGGGGUGGGGAUUACAUUUUUCAUGGUUCUCUUUUUGGAAAUGAUGCGAUUAUACAUAUGUAAAAGGUUGUAAUUCUAAGGCCUGGCGCAUUCAUUUGACUCUCAUUCAUCCUAAUUAAUGCUCGGCUUCCCACCA